AUGGAAGUAGUAGACAAAAAGACGCUUUUGGACUUUUACCAAUUGCGUACUCUGGAGCCUUCGGAAUACUCAACCGCAUCGCUUGCCUCGAAUCCAAUUGUGCUGAACGAGAAUGACAAUCUGGACGAGAUCACCAAAAGAAUCCCCAAGGAACAGCUCAACAAGUUGCUCACGGAUCAGCCUGACGAGCCAGCAGCAGAGAAACGACGCUCAGCCUUCAAUCUGACCGAUCCAUUAGGGUUUCACGAAUCGAUCCUGGAUGAACUUAUUGACAAAGAUGUGAUUGAUGAUACAAGGGACCCUAAGAAGCUGAAGUUCCUGGUGGACUCGAAAUCGUUUAAUGCGCGCUUGUUCCUGACAACUAUACACAGGGAAAAAACGUAUAAAGAGUUACAGAAAAGCGUUGAAUAUCUAGGGAGAAGCCUGGAAGCUGAAAAACCCAGAUUGCAACGACUCAUUGGGGAGAAUUUCCAAAAAGCCAUCGAUAAUAAAAAGCUGCUUGAUGAGGUCUACAGCGAAUACUCCAUGAGCAAUCUUUCCGCGAACAUCACCGCCCUGAAUGAGUCCAUUGCGAAAGCUAACACGUCCUCAACAAUGAUGCUGAACCCCGUCUUCGAUGGUAUGGAAAGAGCGUCUGAGAUUGAGAGUUUCCUGUCGCUGAUCUCCAGUAACAGUGUUCUUUUGGACCUCCCUAAAAAGCUCACAAAAUUAGUGGCUCUGGGGGAUUUUGAUUCGAUUUUGAACGAGUACAUGGCAGGAAGAAAAGUGUAUUAUAGCUCGACCAAGAACGACGAGAAAAACAAGCCUGUUUUGGAUAGAAUAUGGGCCGAGGUGGAGGAUAUUAUUUCUGACUACAAAAAACAAUUAUGGGAGAAACUGGGACACGUGCACAUUGAGAACGUUGGCUCGUUGAGUGCGCAAUCUGAAUCUUCCUUCCUUUCAAUAAUAAAGAGAUUACUAGAGCUCGGAGUGAGUGAGAACCCAAUUCCAUACUUUUUGAACCUCGAAUACAAUUAUAUCCAGGAGAGCAUCGAUGGAGAUCUCACCAAGGUUCAGCUUUCGCGGUUCCUCAAGGCUCGUGAAAACCUGGCUAAAGCUUACAAUAGUGAAGAUAGUUACGAGAUCUCUAUCGCUGCAUUGAAACACACGCAUUACUUGAUUGCAGAGCACGGAUCUGACGUCGACAUUGUGGACCCCCCUCUAGUUGCAAACUUGUGGGGCUUCCUAGGAGCCUAUGUGAGUGAGCUGACUGAGGAAAUCAUUACCAAUAGAUUCUACAAAUUCGCAACCAUGAUUGAUUUUUUCACUCAAGAUGAUCUUCAACAUGAAUUGCCUAUCAAAAAUCCUCAUUCCCGCCAGCAUUUAAAGCUCGAAGAUUAUCAGUUAAAGAAAUUCGAUGAGUAUUUACAGGUGCUCACAGAAAAACUGUGUAGCCAGCUUAUAUUUAUCUUCGAUGCUACCAGUGCAGAACUAAGCACCAAAACAAUUCCUACUGAAACGGGUCAGCGGCCUCUCAAGGAUGCCGCGUCCUUGGAUUCGUAUGGAUUUAUACCGCCUCACACAUCUGUUUUGACAUCUCUCAAUAACUGUAUCGUGCUCCAACAAGAGCUUGAGAAAACCAUCGACAAACUGAAAAAUAAGACCUCUCUUGAAUACAGCCGGUUUGUGUCUACAUUGAAGACAAUCAACUCCAACCUCGUCAACGGUGUCCUGUGUGUCCUGAUUCAAGAUACCAAGCGGCUGAAGCAUACAGAAGAUUGGACGACAAGCAACACAUUUGAAGGUUGUACGAAAACCGCUGAUUAUAUCAUGAACUUCUAUCAGAUGUUUAUUCCGAAACUGCGCAGCUUGAUUUACGAACCUGAGUCGGAACUGCUGGCUAAUGUUGAAAAGCAAUUUAUCACAUCUCUUGAUAUCAUUGCUGAUAACCAGUUGGAAUGUAUAGUUACCAACGCAGAUGACACCAAAGACAGAGAUUUCUACUACCCUGCCAUUCUCAGUAACCUGUCUUUGCUCAAGUUGCGUCUUCUGCCUCGAAUCCUGAAGAUUUUUGAUACCAACUUCGGCACCAAGUACUCCACAUCCAGUGUUGAUGUCUAUGGCAAAAUCGAGAAAUAUGAGAUUAAAGUUUAUGGGGACUACAUGAGCAUUUACAAAAAGCAGCUAGAGGAUACCAUUUUCAGUGGAGUGAAGAACGUUGACUGGUUCCAGUUUUCGGCCAGGCAAAUUCUUGUCUCGAAAUUUAUUUUGCAACCGAUCAAUUUGAUAAUACUGGUGAAGUCAAGACUGCUUGGCCACAAUGCAAAUAAAAAUUACAUUAUGAGAAUCGAGCUUGACCUGAUAAAUCACUUCAUUUUCAAACUGAUUGAGAGUCUCAAAAGCAUUCAACAGUUCAAUUCGAGUGGACUGCUUCAGAUCAGUGUUGAUCUGCGCUUCCUCGUGGAAUUAUUUCAACAUCUCAACCAAUCUGGGAUUAAGGAGCAGAUUAAUUUGGAUAAAUUGAUCAGUGUCUCCGAUAGAUUCUCCAGAAAAAAUACAAAGUACGCGAACGAAAUCAACGAUAUUGUCACCUCAAAUCUACAAUCAAAUCGUGCUCAGAUAGACUGUUUCUAUAGAUUGUAA